AUGGGAAACCAGUUCCAUGUGGCCAUCAUCGGGGGAGGACUGGCUGGAGCUGCACUGGCCAACGCUCUUGCCCAUAUCCCCCAAGUAGAUGUCUAUGUCUUCGAAUCAGCCCCCACAUUCUCGGAACGUGGCGCGGCAGUAGGACUUACUAAGAACGCCCAGCUAGCUCUAAGCCAGAUCCUUUCUUCAAGCGCGGAUGUUGUCGCUAAAGCAGGAGGGAUGCCCAUGAACUCCUCCCGAGUUAUUUUGGUAAGGAACAUACCAUAUACCCAAGUAAGCUCGGGGCCCGAGGCGGGAACUAUCGUCUUCGACCUUGCCGCGGAUGACCAUGAAAUGAUUGUUCACCGAGCUUCUCUCCUUCGUGAACUUCUCGCCCCGUUGCCAAAAGAAGCCCUGCAUCCUAAUAAGAAACUCACAGCCAUCAACCCUAAUGAAUCCGGUUUCGAAAUAAAUUUUCAAGAUGGCAUAGUCUAUUACACGGUUCGGGAACAUAUUCUUCGGGGCAUUGUAGCAGAUGAACAACACUAUGCUUCGCCAGCCGGAUUUUGGGACUGCAGGAACGUUGUCCCAUUUGAGAAAGCAAAGUCAAUUCUAGGCGAGAAAUACUUCGACUGUGUGGUAUCAGGUAUUGAAGAAGAUCCCUCGACAAGUCGAGACAGAAAGCGCCCGCUCACACAAGAUACGCUGAGAGACUCAUUGAGUAGCUGGUUGGGUGGCCCGAUUGCAGACGGGAUGAUUAGCCUUAUCUGCGACCAACCAGGACCUCACAAGUACUCUCAAUGGGAACAUAAAUCGACCUCAACACACGUCCGCGGACGCGUUUGCCUUAUGGGCGAUGCUGCCCAUGCAACCACGCCGUGGCAGGGUUCCGGAGUAGGAUUAGCCAUUGAAGACGCGAUUGUUCUUGGGACCCUUUUCGCCAACAUCUCAUCACUAAGUGAGAUUAAUGCUGCAUUCGAAGCGUACGACCUGCUAAGGCGUCCUCGGUGUCAGCGAGUCAUCGAUUCCAGUCGUGAGACGGGUCAGAUACUCUGUGGACGGGUAGAUCUCCACGCGAAUGAGUUGAGGGGUUUACUCGCGCCAAGAUGGAAUUUCAUUUUCGAGUUGGACAUGGAAUCUCACAAGCGUGAAGCGUUAGAUAAGUUGAGGGAUAUUCAGCAGAAGUCAUAG